AAUAAUGAAUACAUGCAGUCUGUUGGCCGAUGCCUCCAAAUGAUGCUGCGUGUUGAGGAAUAUAGGACCAUCUUCUAUCAACUGGACGGUGUUGUUACCAUCGUUCAGGUCUUGAGUUCUGGCAAACUCAACUUCCAGAUCCAGUACCAGCUGACCUUCUGCCUGUGGGUUAUGACCUUUAACAAUGCCAUUGCUGAGAAGAUGAACAAGUACAGUGUCAUCCCAACCCUGGCUGACAUUCUGAGUGAGAGUGUCAAGGAGAAGGUGACACGCAUCACUCUUGCUGUGUUCAGGAACCUCAUUGAGAAGCCUGAGGAUCCUGCCAUUGCUCGGGAAAACUCCAUACAGAUGGUUCAGUGCAAGGUGCUGAAGCAGCUUGAGAUCUUAGCCCAGCGCAAGUUUGAAGAUGAAGACAUUACAGCAGACAUAGAAUUCCUGAACGAGAAGUUGCAGACAUCUAUACAGGAUCUUAGCUCUUUCGAAGAGUACUGCUCUGAGGUAAAGUCUGGACGCAUGGAGUGGUCACCUGUCCAUAAGAGUGAGAAGUUCUGGCGUGAGAAUGCUGGACGUCUUAAUGAGAAAAACUUUGAAUUGCUCAAGAUCCUCAUUAAUCUGCUGGAGACGAGCAACGACCCUCUGGUGCUGUCUGUUGCUUGCCAUGACAUCGGGGAAUACACGAGACACUAUAGCCGUGGCAAAAAGGUGCUUGAGCAGUUAGGGGGUAAGCAGUGGGUGAUGCAACACCUAACUCACGCAGACCCUAAUGUUCGUUAUGAGGCUCUUCUUGCUGUUCAGAAGCUAAUGGUUCACAAUUGGGAGUACUUGGGCAAACAACUAGAGAAGGACGCGCAACAGAGUACCCCCAGGACGUGAGCAUCAGCUAUCACUGGUCUGUCAGCUGCACAACACCACAUGCGGCCUGUAGCAUGACCGACAUGCUUCCUUCCGUGGUACUUGUCUUGUCAACAUUCAUGGCUGUAAAAAAUGUUUGUUGAUAUGGGUCAAUAUUCUUUUAUUUCUGUAUAGUGUCCCUGUUACAACGUGUUGGAUGUAAUUGCUUUGACUUUAAUAUGUUGAAGAGAACUUUUAAGCAAUUGUGGAACAUUACUUUCAUAUUAUCAUUACCUAUUAUUUAUUGUUAUUAAAGCUAGACUGAUAUAUAAGUGAAGGGAGAUGAGUUUCUUAAAUCAGACAUUCCAUAAUAUGUUUAAAGAGUAAAACUUAUUUUUUAUGGUUUUUAAUAAAUGUAGGAGUUAAUAAUAGAGAUUCUUGAUGUAUUAUUAGCUAAGAUGUAUUAAUAAAAAUGGUGUAUAGAUUGUAGUAGUACAUGAACAAUUAGAUUGAUAUGUCGUAAUUGUGAUUAAAUAUGAGCCAAUACUCCGGAAUUAUGGUUUAGCUCUCUUUGUUACAUGUGCUAUUGAGGUUGUAUAUAAAUAUACAGUUGUGCACAAUGCUGUGUUAAGGGUGUUGUAUAUAAAAAGUUAUUUCUGA